AUGGAAGUGGAAGGUAAGGCCAGCGCAACAACGGACUCUGUGCCCAGGCACCUGCCGCCGAGUCAUCUGGCGCAGGCAGAUUGGGAUGAGGUGUAUCAAGAGAAGGAGCCUGGCUCCUUUUGGGUUUCCUUUCGGCCCUCAGUGGAAGAGAAGGCGCUCUACGAUGAUGUGAAGGUGUCGAGGCAGGGCAGCGCCGUAACGUUCGACUGUGCCCAGCUGACGGCCUCGGUGGAGUGGAGGAAGAGGCAGCUCACCCUCGCGCCGAGCAGCCAAAGCGAGAACAAGGGCGUCCUACAGGCGCCAUCGUCUACGUGGAAGCAGAUCCACCCCAACCAACGCGUGCUGUCGAUGGACGUUGCGCCGGGCGGUGAGCUGGGCGUGUCGGGCGGCAGCGACAGCACCGUGCGCGUGUGGCACACGAAAGAUGGUCUCAUGCGGCGCGACCUGCAAGGGCAUGUCGGGGAGAUCAACCUGGUCAAGUGGUUCCCCUCGGGCAAGAUCUGGGACGUGAUGACGGGACACUGCGCGACCACUCUUCAGGGACACUCUGGCGCCGUCACGGGUGCUGUCAUGAUCGACCGCGGCAGAAACCUCAUCUCGACUUCGAGGGAUGGUACGGCGCUGCUGUGGGACGUGCCCACCCAACAGCCGAUCUCUCGAUACGGCUACAUCGCUGCCGACAAUGCGGCCAACGCCUGUUCGCUGCUGGCUGGCCCACGCCCCGCCUGGUGCCCUAGUGGUGAUGACCAACAAGAGCCGAGUUCACCUGUUCUGCUCGUUGCCAAGGAGGAGGGCAGCAUGGUGAGUUGGGACGUUCGCUCCAAGCGAGAGCUCUUCAAGUGGAAGGCGAAUGAGGCGCUCAACUGCUGCCUCGUGGCCGACGACGACGUUUGGGCUGGCGGCCAGGACGGUACCAUCUUACGGUGGGACCUGCGUACCCAGUCCCUCGUCGAGACCAUUCAGAGGUCGAGGGCGCCCAUUCUGUCGCUGGCGAUGCGGAGGGACGCGUGGACGCCGACGCUGGCCUCGACCGAGGUGCCGCUCUCGACAGAGCCCGCCCCUCCCCCCGCUGACGGCACGGCGACCGAGGCCGUGGCUCCACGGCCGCCGGUGCCGCAGGAGAAGACGCUGUGGGUGGGCACCGGCGACGGCCUGUGCUUCGAGUGGGGCGUUGACGACAAGAGAGUGCACCGCGACUUGACCGGUUCGGACUGCGACCACAUCAACUCGGUGGUGGUGCUCAACGACUCCGCCUUCGUGGCCUGUGGCGAUGGCACCAUCAGGAAGUACAAGACCCUCUAG